AGACAAGCUGGGGCAGGGCUGAGGGGGCAAGACAGCCUGGACUGAAUUUGGCUCAGGAUGUAGAUGGCUUCAGUAACAGAUGCCAGAUACAGGCAGAAAGACACUUCAGAUCAAAAUUUUGAUUACAUGUUCAAGCUCCUCAUCAUUGGCAACAGCAGCGUGGGUAAAACAUCCUUCCUCUUCAGAUACGCCGAUGACACUUUCACACCAGCCUUUGUUAGCACAGUAGGAAUUGACUUCAAAGUGAAAACAGUUUAUAGGAAUGACAAGCGGGUAAAGCUGCAGAUCUGGGAUACAGCCGGACAAGAAAGAUACAGGACCAUCACUACUGCCUACUACCGAGGAGCCAUGGGCUUCGUCCUCAUGUAUGAUAUCACCAGUGAAGACUCCUUCAAUGCAGUGCAGGACUGGGCCACACAAAUCAAGACUUACUCCUGGGACAAUGCACAAGUGAUCCUGGUGGGAAACAAAUGUGACAUGGAGGAUGAGAGAACUGUACCUGUAGAGAAGGGGAAAAAUCUGGCGGAUCAGCUAGGUUUUGACUAUUUUGAAGCCAGUGCCAAAGAAAACAUCAACGUGAGGCAAGUGUUUGAGCGUCUCGUGGAUAUAAUCUGUGAGAAGAUGUCAGAGAGUAUAGAUUCAGACCCUUCCAGGGGCACUUCAGGAAGGAGCAUGCGGCUCACAGACAACCCACCCCCUUCGCAGCAGAACUGCUCGUGCUAGUUGACCUUUCUCGCCGAGACACAUCCUUCUAUCCUGACUACAUUUUGCCUUUUCGUUUGUAGUGGUGCGUUAUCAUGUAGUGCAAAGGCAGAGUCUCUGUUGUAGGAAACUGGUAUGUUUUUUUAAUGUGUUGGAAUGUUAAUAUUAUAUAUUGCUUCAUCUGAUAAUUUAAAUAACAAAAAUCAGAAUAUUGUAAGUGCACCUUGUGUUAAUGUUACACUGAAGAUAAAAAGCGUUGUUUAGUGUUGCAAAUGUUACUGCCACAGAGAAUGCUGCAUUUUUAAUUAUAAACUCCUCUACUGCAGAAAGAGUUUUUUGUCAAGAACAGCAGGAAGCAUAAAAACCAUUUACAAGGGACCAGGUCUAAAAGAAAAUGAAGAAAAAGAUCUCUUAUAAAACAAGAACAUGUCCACAUAUUUUGAAUCACUGCUGCUGUCCUCUAGACACGACCUCAGCUUAUCUGUAUAAUGGAGCUGAAAGCAGUGUGUUUCUGUCUGACAGUUUGAGGUUCUCCAGAGAGCAAAGAGAAAAGGGCAGCGGAUUUUGUGUCAAGCCUCUAUAUAGAGGACGAGCACAUAGAGGAAUCAAAGCUGCCAGGCUGGGAUGAGGAGGCCUUGCAGCCGCACAUGCUCUUGGCUGGUGCUAGUGAAGGCACAAGAGCCCUUCCAGGGGCUGCCCUUGCCUGCACGCUGCCCCACAGCCACCAGUAAGGGCUUGGGUGCUGCUGUGCUUGGCACCUUGCUGUCCCUUAACAUCUAGAAGCCCAAGAGCCAACUGUCCUGCAGCUUCUCCUCUGUAUCCUCUAGUUUUACCUUUCCAGGUCUGGAUCUACUCUGAUCAACUACUCGACAGUGAGCUUGCUGCAGGAUGAAGGGAAGGAGGAACUGGCUGCUGCAUACUUAGUUGGAGGCAUAAUCUGACAUGUAAGACUUGGAACAGCACUGUCUCAGAAAGAUACAAGUACCAGGAGCCAAAAUGAGUGUUGGCAAAUAUUAGUGCCAGAUUAGUGCCAAUUAUUAGUGCCAAUAUUAUUAGAUUUUCUUUCUGCAUUUUGUUCUUUUUUCUUAAGUUCUGUGCUAGAUGGGUUUGGAGGGGGAUAGUUUUUUUCUGGUUUCAGAUUCAACUGAAAAAGCAAGAAUAUUGAUUAAUCAAACAUAAUUGCAAAUUAAAAACAACAAAGCUGUCCUGUUAAAAGUUAUCCCAUGGACGUCUUCUUGCAUCAUUCUUUGAAGGGAGGAACAAUUUUUCAUACUUGAUACCUAAAAUAUUCUUAUAUAUCCAAUGUCUCUGAAAUCAUAAAACUUCUGCCACACGCAGAGCUUGUAUUUCUCUGAAAUACGUGGAGGAACUGCUUGUGUGAACCUGUGAAGUCACAUUCACUGUACGCCUUCUUUUAUGGUUAUGCCUUUGUGCAUCCCAGCUCCGCAAGUGACCAUGGAUUGUGGCUGUAACUGUAAAUUAAAUGGAUUCAAAGAGAAUUUUCCUGUCUUAAGGUGAAAAUCCUUGCAAGUUUUAUGGCUUUACCUGAAAGCCAUGAGCUUCUCUGGCUGAGGAGACUUUCUGAUGUCAGGCACUGGAGUUGAGUAUCUGCUCACUGCACUGCAGUGUGCUGGAUCAUGACACUAGCGAGCGCUUCUGUAAUCCUGUUGUGUCUCAAAGUGUAAUAGUUAUAAGGAGAAAAGCACAAUGUCCUGGAGAAGAAUCCAACUACACCGAUGUAGUUGGAGCUGAUUGUGCUGAAGGCUUGACCUCUUUGUGUGUUGCUUUCAGAAAUCUUUACUGUGACAUGAUUUUGGUUGUGUGUGGGUGAUCUAGUACUGAGUGUGUGAUUUGUGCAGCACUAGGAAUGUGGUUGUUGUAUCUAAACCCCUGAAACUGCAAAAUAAAGACAAAUGUUGUCACCAGG